UUUAAUUUGUGCAACGCGUCUAUUCAAUCGCUCCUUCACAUGGGAAACAUGAAUACUCUCUACUUUGUUUUGUGUGUGGUAUUUGUCGCGGAUCUCAGUAUCUUUUCUACCGCACAAGUGUGUAGCAUAGAUUGUCAUACAAGGGUAGGACAAGUAUCUGAUACAGAUAUUAAUUCAGUAUCUGAAAUUGAAUGCGAGGAAGGUGAACUCAUGACAGGUUGCAGCAGUUACUCACAGAUGAGCAGUGAGCGAUCUGGUGACCACAUGAAACCAAUCGGCGAUGGUAAAAGAUCCUGUGUUGCAAUGAAUGGUAGAAAUGGUACAGGAACACGUGCCUAUGCUAGAUGUUGCAAGUGGCCUGGCAUGGAAUGUGAAUAUUUCCAAGGUAACAGGUCUUCGUCCCCAGAUGAUGGCGGAAGCAUAGCAUUUUGUCCAGACAAAAUCAAUUGCUUGGAUACCUACGCAACAGGUUGUUCGGUCAGAUCACCUUGGAAAGGUCUAACAGGGACAAAGCCUAUAAUGCCAGAUCGUUGUAUUGGUUAUAAUGAACUUGUGAAUAAAGGUAAGAUUUGA